GGAUGUUUAUUUGUCCAGAAUGAGGAAGUGGAUUAUGUGUGUUUUGUAUACACAUCACAAUUGAUACCGAAUAACAAGUUAUUAUUUUAGAUACUCUUGUUUUACAGGUUUUGCUUUCAGCUCGCAGCUAUUUCGGCAGCAGACUACCAUUGUUGGCGCUUUAAACCUCGGCUAAGUCACCGAAAUUACCUCGUUGGUGACGGUAUUAUGCUGGCCCGGCUAUCUACCUUGUUCGGCGCCUCCUUAAGGCUUUCCUAGCCGAGGUAAACACCCAUGGGUGGCCGCAGUAUCUUCAGAUAAUGGAGGCUUUGACCAUGGCUGCAGUGACGGUGUGGAGAUGCAGCAGCGGCCGUGUCCUCGGAGGCUGGGGACCGCUGUUGUGUGUGCUUCUGGGUUCUCUGGUGGCUCUACUGAUGCCUCUGGUCGGGGUGGAGGACGAGUGCUGUGCUGCUUUGAAGGGUAUGGCCCAGCUCCGGUGUCAACUGUGGGGGAAUCCUCAGCAACCUCAGGCUGUUCAGUCCACCAGCCCCACUGUUCCAUUCACCGCUCUAGAUGUGCUGCCUCAAAGAUUUAAACCCAGCAAAGAGAUGCAGCUGGAGGCUAGAGCUGCUCUACUGCAGGCUCAGGAAAUGAAGAAACUAGGGAAGAGGGAAAAAGCCCACAAACUGCUAGUGCACGCUCUCAGUAUGAACCCUGACUUUGUGGAAGCUCUCAUGGAGCUGGGGACCAUCCUGGAGGAUAAGGAUGUAGUCCAGGCUGAUCAUCUCUACACCAAAGCCUUGGCCAUCUCCCCCUGUAAUGAACGGGCUCUGGUGAGCCGCCAUCGGACUCUGCCUUUGGUGGAGGAGCUUGACCAGCGUUACUUUAGCAUCAUUGACAGUAAAGUGCGGAGGCUUAUGUCCAUUCCCAAAGGCAACUCUGCACUGUGUCGGGUGAUGGAGGAAAUGUACUAUCACCACAUCUACCACAUGGUGCUGAAGAUCAAACCGGAGAAAAACAAGUGA